AAUGUAAUCUGAAGACGGUUGUAACCUUUAGCCUGUUCUUUGUCCAAGAGCUCCUGUGUCUGCAGGACAGAUGUAUUCGCCACUCUCACACUGCCUCCAGCUCUGGAGCGCCUUAUAACUGCUUUAUUACCACCGCUGCAUGCGCUGCGGGGACUGACAUGAAGACGGACCGAGCCGGGUGGUCACGACCACAGGGAAACCGAACGCCGUUUUCUGCUAUAGCCUAAUUACACAGAUCUUCAGGAUCAGAUAGAUCGGGCUGUUAUCCAGGAUGUUAUAGCUCAUCUGUCAACCUGUGCAGAAGGGAACUGUCCCCUCAGUCGUGAUUUCUGGUUCGGGUAAGCGACAAAAUCGCGCUUCAUUGGAUGAAGAGGCCCUGAGUGGAUCGACGCCUCGCUGUCAAGGCGAAUCUGAGGAAAUAGCUAUAAAAUAGUAUUAUUAAAGCACGUUACUCGCUUUUGCGCCUCGGAUUAUGUUGGCGUUUCCAUGGACACAUCGCGUUGAUGCGCAGCUUAUAAAGACUCUUAGAUACUCUUCUUGUGUGUUUAUCGAUAACAAUAUAAGAUUGUUUUGACGAUAUUCUCUUAGAAGCUGAGGAGUAUUGUGUUUGCUAGCUGGAACCCAUUGGCUAAUCAAUUGAAAUAACUAAGCUCUUUUAGAUUCAUUAAAGAUUAAUUAAAUACCUUAUUCUCAAACCGUUAAGGUCAAUAUCCAUUAUCAUAGCCUAGUGCUCUAACAGACGACAGGCCAGAAGAGUUCCCAUCUGGUCCUUGACCUAUAUGUCCAGACAAUUACAUUUCAGGCCAGGUCUUAUCCAGGAUUCAGGUCAAGGUUCUCGAUCAUUCCGGCCUUUUCCUCAAAUCCCCAUUCAAACACAUCCAGUCCAUAGACGUGCUUCCACACAGUUGCCACCAUUCGCCCCUCUCUCGCCACAGCAGUUCUCCCGUCCAGGCCCCGCUCCAACCCGGCGUCAGGCAUGGCGCCUCAGGGGCGGGAUCACCUGGCCACACGGGAGACUGCAGGUCGUAGACGGAGCCCAAAUGUGCGGCACACACUCAGCCCGGACAACCUUCGGAGCUUAGCUGAGCGUGGUGGGGCCGAGCAGGCUGGAGUUGGACUCCUCCGAGCCAACAGUGAUACAGACCUGGUCAGUUCUCAAGGGCGAUCCUCACUCACAGCUUCUACUUUAGAGUUCACUAUGGGCCGUGGCCAGAACUUGGUCAUCUCAUGGGAUAUCAAGGAAGAGGUGGAUGCCACAGACUGGAUUGGCCUGUACCACAUAGAUGAGACCUGUCCAUCAAACAUGUGGGACUGCAAGAACCGUGGGGUUAACGGUACACAGUGUGGUCACAUUGUCUGGAGGCUGGAGGCAGGGUCGUACUUCCUUGAAGCUGAGACAAGGAUCUGUUUUAAAUACUACCAUGGAGUCAGUGGUGCGCUGAGAGCCACAACUCCCUGCAUCACAGUCAAGAACCCCAGAGCCUCGGUCGACGGUCAAGAUGAAGGACAACAAGCUUCAGAGAGCAGUCGAAAAUUGGUCAGCUUUACCCUAUCAGAUAUCCGGGCUGUGGGGCUGAAGAAGGGGAUGUUUUUUAACCCAGACCCUUAUUUGAAAAUGAGCAUUCAUCCAGGCAAGAGAAGUUGCUUUCCGACCUUUUCCCAUCAUGGCCAAGAGAGACGAUCCGGCAUUACAACUAACACUACUAAUCCUGUGUGGCAUGGAGAGAAACACACUUUUGUGGCUCUUAUGACAGACGUAUUAGUGAUUGAGAUUAAAGACAAGUUUGCUAAAAGUCGACCAAUUAUUAAACGCUUCCUGGGUCAGUUGAACAUUCCGGUGCAGAUGCUGCUGGAGAGACAUGCGUCAGGGAACCAAUCACUGAGCUUCUCUCUAUGCCGUCGUUUGCCCACUGAUCAUGUGAGCGGUCAAAUGCACUUUAAAGUGGAUAUCACAUCUAUAGGCCAAGAUGAUGUUUCCCAUGAGACGAUUCUGGGGGCAACAGCCCUCAAUGGAGCUCCUGGAACCCCUUCAGAUGAUGAAGAGCUGCCCCGUCCUCUCCAGGUCCCAUCAGCAGGCCCUUCACCCACUGGCUCCCUGGGUUCCCAUAGAAAUGGGGAAGGCAGGAGCAUACCAUCCCCAGACACAGAAAUGUAUGGAGCCACCCUGGAUGAUGAGGCCCCUUCUUCUCCAGACCUGCUCCAGGGUUCCUUCAGUGAGCAGCUUGAUUCCAUUGAGGCCCCUAAGGGCCCGGGCGAUAGGCCUUUUGGGGCAGCUUCUCCCAAACUGCGAUCCAGCUUUCCCACACACACACGCCUCAGCGCUAUGCUGCACAUUGACUCUGAUGAAGAUGAAGAGAGGUCCGCUGUUACGGAAGUCACGCAUCCAACAUUUAAUGGUGUUUCAAGGACUCAACAAACACCUCCAAAACCACCAAUUACACAACCUGCAUGUGAAGGAUCUGUAGAGGAACCCCCAGAAGAGGCUGGGCUGGAGUCUGAAAUAGAGACUCUGAAUAUAGAAGCAGAGGUGCCUCCUGAGCCUGAGGUCAUGCCGAGUUCAGUCGCCCCUGAGGUGGAAACUGCCAGUUUGAUGGAGAGGCAAGAGGAAGAGGAAGUGGAGGCAGAGGAGGAGGAAGAGGGACUGGCACCCAGUGAAGAGCUGGCAACUGAAGUUGAUAUUUCUUCAAUGGCAUCUGACUGCUGCCCGGUCCCUACAUCUGCUUCUCAGGAGGCAGAACAGGGGGCAGAGGCAGCCAUUGACCCAGGGGGAGAAGAUCUUUCAGAUGAUCCACCCACAAUUUAUGAAGUUGCUGAGACUGCUGAAGAAACCCACCCAACUAAUGAGCAAGUGAGGGACGCUCCAAAACCAGAACCAUCAGCCAAUGAGGAGGAGGAAUGUGAAGAUGUGACCGAGGACACAAUGUCCAGAAGGUGGAGCCUGGAGGCAACAGCAGGUGUGUCACAGGAGGACGAGGAAGAGGAGGAGUUAAUGCCAUCAGGUGACGGAGAAUCUGGGGAUUCUGAGACCUUCGUUACCGAGACUGAAUCAGAAUCAGGUGUCCCUCAGAUAAAUGGAGACCAGCGUGUUAGUUCCCUGCCAUCUGUAAGACAAGACGUCCACAGAUACCAGCGUGUGGACGAGCCCUUACCUCCCAGUGAGUACUGGGAGGCUCGUAUUGACAGCCAUGGCCGUAUCUUCUUUGUGGAUCAUGUGAACCGCACCACCACGUGGCAGAGACCCACUGGCCCACCUGCCCCACAGGGUCUGACCCGCUCCAGCUCCAUACAGCAGAUGGAGCAACUCAACCGCAGGUAUCAGAGUAUUCGUAGGACAAUGACCAGUGAAAGGUCUGAGGAACCGAGAGUGGAUGAUCCUCCUCCUGAAGAAACAGACCUGCUGUCCCACUCCAUCUCUGAAUACCGGCGGGACGGCUUUAUGGGUCAAGCCAGCUCACGUUCUCGUCUGGCUUUGCUGCUUCAGUCUCCUGGUGCAAAGUUCCUCUCCAGUCCAGACUUCUUCUCUGUUCUGCAUUCUAAUCCUAGUGCCUAUCGCAUGUUCACUAGUAACACGUGUCUGAAGCACAUGAUCAGUAAAGUUCGACGGGACGCCCAACACUUCGAGCGGUACCAGCACAACCGGGACCUGGUAAACUUCCUCAAUCUGUUCUCCAACAAGCAGCUGGAGCUUCCACGGGGCUGGGAGAUGAAACAUGACCAAACUGGAAAGGCCUUCUUUGUGGAUCAUAACUGUCGUGCCACAACGUUUAUUGACCCGCGGCUGCCCUUACAGAACUCCCGGUCCAGCGGCCUGCUAGUUCACCGACAGCACCUGUCCCGACAACGCAGCCACAGUGCAGGAGAGGUAAAUAUGGUAGCAGAUGACUCUCGCUCUCCGAGUCCUCCUGUCCGGGGCCGGUCAUCAAGAAACAGUCAGUACCAGGACAUGGUGCCUGUGGCUUAUAAUGAGAAGAUUGUCGCCUUUCUGCGACAACCCAACAUUUUUGAGAUUCUGCAAGAAAGGCAGCCAGAGCUCGUGAGAAACCACUCCCUUAGAGAGAAGGUCCAAUUCAUCCGCAAUGAGGGGCCAGCUGGGUUGACCCGUCUGUCUAGUGAUGCAGACCUGGUUAUGUUGCUCAGCCUGUUUGAAGAGGAAGUGAUGUCGUAUGUGCCGCCCAAUGCCUUACUGCUCUCCAGCUACUGUCAUGCCUCCCCACAGAGCUCCCCUGGAACUCCACGGGCCAAUGCUCGAGCCCCUGCACCCUACAAGCGUGAUUUUGAGGCCAAACUAAGAAACUUCUACCGCAAAUUAGAAACCAAGGGCUAUGGGCAGGGGCCGGGAAAAGUGAAGUUAAUAAUUAGAAGAGAUCACCUGCUGGAGGACGCUUUCAAUCAGAUCAUGUGUUAUUCCCGCAAAGACCUCCAGAGGAGCAGGCUUUAUGUCAGCUUUGUUGGAGAAGAAGGAUUGGACUAUAGUGGUCCAUCCAGAGAGUUCUUCUUCCUGGUUUCCCGAGAGCUGUUUAACCCAUACUAUGGACUAUUUGAAUACUCAGCUAAUGACACUUACACAGUGCAGAUCAGCCCCAUGUCAGCCUUUGUGGACAACCAUCAUGAGUGGUUCCGGUUCAGCGGACGCAUUCUGGGUCUUGCUCUAAUUCAUCAGUACCUGUUGGAUGCGUUCUUCACCCGACCCUUCUACAAAGGCCUUCUUCGCAUCCCAUGUGAUUUGAGCGAUCUAGAGUUUCUGGAUGAGGAGUUUCAUCAGAGUCUGCAGUGGAUGAAAGACAAUGACAUUGAGGAUAUGCUGGACCUCACCUUUACUGUCAAUGAGGAAGUGUUUGGACAGAUUACAGAGCGUGAGCUAAAGCCGGGUGGGUCUGGCAUUGCUGUGUCAGACAAGAACAAGAAAGAGUACAUUGAACGCAUGGUGAAGUGGAGGAUUGAGAGAGGUGUGGCCCAGCAGACCGAGAGUCUUGUGCGAGGAUUCUACGAGGUGGUGGACGUCCGACUCGUCUCAGUGUUUGAUGCCCGAGAGCUGGAGCUGGUCAUUGCUGGAACAGCGGAGAUUGAUUUAUCCGACUGGAGAAGCAAUACAGAAUACAGAGGAGGUUAUCAUGACAACCACAUAGUGAUUCGGUGGUUCUGGGCAGCAGUGGAGCGUUUCAAUAAUGAACAGAGACUACGACUCCUUCAGUUUGUUACAGGCACUUCCAGCGUUCCCUAUGAGGGCUUUGCCUCCCUGCGGGGCAGUAAUGGCCCACGUCGAUUCUGUGUGGAGAAAUGGGGCAAAGUGACCUCCCUCCCACGGGCUCACACCUGCUUUAACCGCCUGGAUCUCCCUCCUUACCCCUCUUUCUCCAUGCUCUACGAGAAGAUGCUCACUGCUGUGGAGGAGACCAGCACCUUUGGUCUGGAGUGAGCUCCCAUCACAGCAAAAGUGCUACUGAUUUUUUUUUUUGGCUCACCAUACAAACUUUAUUUUCAUCCCUCACUCUUCACUACGACCUUGGUCAUCAGACAAUUACAUAACCUUUUUGACAAAGUCUACGGAACUGGAAUAUAUGCCAUCAAAUGACUCAUUGGGCAUGUGCCAACUCCUGCUCUAUAGUGUAUGAACUCAAAGCCUGUGAUAACUGCAAUCAAUUCUUCACACAAAGAGACUUAAGCCCAAAGUAUACUUCGGCUGUCCGCGUUUCGCGACAGUUAGCGCACUGUCCGCGUAAUGUAAUUUUCAUCAUCUGGAGGGUCCGCGUGCAGCCCAAUUUUAGUGUCCAUGCGAACCGUGUGCGUACAGCAGUGCAUGUGCGAGUUGAGCGCUUGAAAACAGAGUCCACUAGAUAGUGCGCACACGCCAAAUGUGUCUUUUCGCACUCACGGCCAAAGAAGUAUACUUUGAAAGGCUCUGAAGACGGAGCGGAACGCGGAAAAUGAAGUAUACCUGGGCCUUUACACAUUCACAGAAAUCAGAGCUGCAAUCUUUGUUGUCUGGUUUUGGCCUUCAGAUUGGUUUAGACCAGUACAUUUUGAUCUGGGUUUUAGGUCUUUGCCUUUUGUUCUUGACUGAGCUGCUUUUUUAAAAGUCAAAACUAUAUCUAUGGGGUUUAAAGGAACAAAGCUGUUGAUUUUUGAUGCAGGUCUUUGUCAUGGAAAGUUAAUGUCAGUUAAAAAAGGACUUUUUUGGUUUCACUUAUGGUUGGCAUUCUUUGUUUUGAAGGGUCUAAAUGACAUUGAUCUUGGCUGCAGUUCUGAAAACUCAUUCUUUUUGCCAUCUUUUAAGAGAAUGAACCCAUGAAAACAAACAGCAUGCACUCUCUCUUUUAUAGAGAUCCUUGCACCAAAUGUAGUGGUUGUAGAAUAGCAACCUGAACGUCCUAGGUUCAAACCCUGAAAAGAAUGACCCAUGAACUAGAGUUCCUCUAUCACCUCUUGUGCCCUUGAGCAAGACAUUUAUCACCAGACUGUUCCAGGGGACUUUAAAUGUAGUAAUUCACUUUGGUCGCUGGUUAACUAACAAACACUAACACUCAGUACUUUAUAUAAUGCACACAUUUUUUUAAAUCCACCUCUCAACCUUUUAUGCAACCCGCAAAUGUAAAAAAAAAAAAAAAAACUAUGAAUGUAUAAACACUGAUCACCAUGUGCAAUGUGUGCAACAGAUAUUUGUGUAUCAGGAAUGGUAGAUUUGUUCUUAGAGUUAAUCAUAAGGAGACCUAUUGUUCUAAACUGUGGUGACAGACACAAACAGUGGCCUUGAAAUCAUCUUUAUUAGUUCGGUGUAGUUAAUAUCAUGGUGAUGUGUGCAGUUCACUGGAGUAAUUUAAAACCAGGGCUCCAGUGGUUAAACCAGUACAAACAGAUUAACAAGUUUCUUCUGCUAUGGAAAAAGAAAAGAAAAGUGAAAGAAAAAACACAUUUUAGCAUGUGUAGGGAGUAGCAAACCAAACUGUAUCACCCUUGCACACGUGGUAUGAAGUGUUUUGAAAAUAUGACAAAAAUAUGGAACAAUCUCAGUGCAGGAAUUUCCAUUUAAUGUAACUACAGAUCGAAGCUAAACGUAAAUAAUGGAUGAAAAGUUCCUUAUUUUUGGGUGACAAGUUGCACCCCUCGUUUACAGACAUGUCGUUUCCGUCUGUGGUCCCUCCACAAGCCCUCACAAACACACACACACACACACACACACUCAGCAUUACAUGGAAAUCACGCAUUCACACCACACAAAUGCAGAUCUGGCCAAUGCUCAGAUCCUUGGAUAUGGAUUUGUCUUAAAACAGCUCCUUUCUCUAUGUAAUGGAUCUUUGGAUAAAAUACUGCAUGCAGGGUCGAAGAAGCAGUACCUGAGUUUGACCCUUAGAUGGCGUUGUGUCAUAGCUUGAUAUUGCAUGCUGGAAUUAGUGAAACAACAAAUCCAGAUUAUCUGAAUUUGCAUGAGAAGUUGCUGUUACUAAGGGGUGGGGUGGGA